UGCAAGUGGAACGGCCAUGGCUAUGACAUUGCUAAAAUAUUUGGAAACAAAUUUACACUAAUCUCACCAGUCUGGUUACAAGUGAAAAGGAGAGGGAAGGAAAGAUUCCAGUUCACUGGGCUCCAUGAUGCUGAUAAAGGUUGGAUGAAAGAUGUCAGAAAAAACUCCAAAGCAAUCAAAAUAGUACCUCGAAUUUUGUUUGAUGGCUGGACUUAUCAGGACUUCGAGAGUGUUUUUGGCAGUGAGGAUGAGAUAGAGGAACUUUCCAAGAACAUGGUUCUGCUAGCCAAGAAUGAAAAUUUUGAUGGUUUUGUAGUUGAAGUUUGGAGUCAGCUGGGAAAUCAAAAGCAAACGGAGUUGAUUCACUUGCUUGUUCACCUUUCUGAAGCUCUACAUGAAGCACAACUUAAACUCAUACUGGUCAUCCCUCCUGCAGUUGCAGCAGGGACGAACCAGCCGGGACUGUUCACAAAGAAAGAUUUUGAUCAGUUGGCCUCAGCAAUAGACAGCUUCAGUCUCAUGACAUACGACUAUUCAACACCACAGCGACCUGGUCCAAAUUCCCCUCUUCCCUGGGUACGAACCUGUGUUCAAGUACUGGAUCCCGAUUCAAAAUGGAGGAACAAAAUACUUCUGGGGCUGAAUUUCUAUGGCAUGGACUAUUCUGCUUUGGGAGCCUCUGGGGAGCCAAUCCUUGGGACCAGGUACAUUGAAACCUUGAAGGAGCACAAACCAAAAUUUGUCUGGGAUGAACAAAUUGCUGAACAUUACUUUGAAUACAAAAAAAAUAAAGGAGGAAAACAUGCAGUCUUCUAUCCAACACUGAAGUCCAUCCAGUUGCGCUUAGAGCUUGCAAAAGAAUUGGGCACUGGAAUAUCCAUCUGGGAACUGGGACAAGGCCUGGACUAUUUUUAUGACCUGCUUUAAAGUAAGAGAUGAUCUGGGAAAGACUUUAUUUGCUUCACUGAGACUGCACCUUCAAUUAAUUUGGGUAUCCUGGAGAGGUGAUUUUUAAAACAUUUUUUGUAAUUUAUAUCACAUCUGUAUUAAACUUGCAUUUUUCCCAAUAAAGAACCUUUUCUGAUUUGCCACA